UUUGCCCACUUUACAAGUUACUUAAUACUUCUUCUUGAGGAUUUCUUCUUCUUCUCUGACGAGCGCGGCGCCGCUUCGAGGCUCGCGCCCAUUGCCGCGGCGAUCGCCGCAAUUGCGGCUUCGCUCGUCGCCGGCCGAGCCUCGGCCUUGGCAGGGGCGACGACGCGGAGCUUCGCGCGGCGCCGGCGCCGCCCCGCUGGCGCCUCGGCGGCCGCCGCCGCAACGUCGUCGUCGUCGUCGUCAAAGAAGCGGCGCGGCGCCGGGGCGUCUGCCGACGAGUCGUCGUCGUCGAAGAAGGCGGACGGGGCCGCCGGCGGCGGCUCGUCGUCGGCGGACGGGGCGCGGCGCGGCGCCGGCGCGGUCUCCUCCGACGAGUCGUCGUCGUCGUCGUCGAAGAAGCCGUCCGCCGCAGCCGAGGCGGGGACGAACGCCGCCGCCUCCGCCUCGAGCAUCUCGGCCGGCGCGGGCGCGGCCUCCGCGGCGGGCGCCGUCGGCGCGGCAUCGGCUAUGGGCGCGGGCGCGUCCGCCUCUGCUGCGGGGGUCGGCGCCCGUGCAUCUGCCGCGGGCGCAGGUGGCUCCGCGGCGACCGCCGGCUCUGGGGGUGCAGGCGCGGGGGGCUCCGGGGGCUCCGCGGCGACCGCCGGAGGCUCCGCGGCUUCUUCCGAGGCGGACGCGGGUGCGGCUUCCGCGGCCGGCGCAGGCGGUUCCGCGUCCGCUGGCGCUGCUGGCGCUUCGUCGGCCGGUGGCUCGGCGUCGGCCUCGGGUCGCUCGACAGCGGGCGGUGCCGCCUCGGCGCCGCGCGCCGGUUGUUCUACCGCCGCGGGCGCGGGCGCUUUCGGCGCCACGGCCGCCGCGGCCGCCGCGGCCCGAGCGCCGGGGAGUGGCCCGUAA